AUGAACCGUAUAUUUCAUUCGUAUUUGGAUCGGUUUAUUGUGGUAUUCAUUGAUGACAUAUUAAUUUACUCUAAGUCAGAAGAGGAGCAUGUAGAACACUUGAGAAUUGCGUUGCAAGUGUUGAAGAAUAAUAGGUUAUUCGCAAAGUUCUCGAAGUGCGAGUUUUGGCUAGGAACUGUGAGUUUCUUAGGACAUGUUAUUUCGGGUGAAGGUAUAGCAGUGGAUCCAUCUAAAGUAAGUGCAGUACUUCAGUGGGAACCUCCGAAGACAGUGACGGAGAUUAGAAGCUUUUUGGGUUUGGCAGGAUAUUAUCGCAGAUUUAUUGAAGGAUUUUCCAAUUUGGCGUUACCAUUAACUCAGUUGACGAGGAAGGGUCAAGCCUUUGUAUGGGAUGCAGCAUGUGAGGAAAGUUUCGAAGAGUUGAAGAAGAAGUUAACUACAUCGCUAGUGUUGAUUCUACCAAAUCCAAGUGAACCGUUUGUUGUGUACUACGAUGCGUCUAAAAUGGGAUUAGGCGGAGUAUUAAUGCAAGAUGGUAAGGUGGUGGCCUAUGCUUCACGACAAUUGAGGGUGCAUGAGAGGAAUUAUCCUACUCAUGAUCUUGAAUUAGCAGAAGUGGUUUUCGUAUUGAAAAUUUGGAGACACUACCUGUAUGGAUCAAGAUUUGAAGUGUUCAGAAAGGCUAAUGUGGUAGCUGAUGCGCUGAGUCGGAAGACGGUUCAUAUGUCGGCAUUAAUGGUGAAAGAAAUGGAGUUAAUUGAACAGUUCAGAGAUCUGAGUAUGGUUUGUGAGACGAAACCUGAUAGUGUUAGAUUGGGGAUGCUGAAGGUAAAUAAUGACUUUUUGGAUGUAAUUAAGGAGAAUCAGAGACUUGAUGUGAAACUGGUGGAUUUAAUACCUACCGGAGAAGACAAUCCUGAUAGUGACUUUAAAGUGGAUAAUCUUGGUGUGUUGAGAUUUCGGGGCAGAAUUUGUGUGCCAGAUAAUGAAGAAUUGAGGAAGGCGAUUUUGGAGGAAAGUCACCGAAGUGUGCCGAAUACAGCGCGGGGAUUUGAUGCUAUUUGGGUAGUUGUGAAUCGACUUACUAAGUCCGCACAUUUUAUACCAAUUAACAUCAGUUUUGCGUUGUCAAAGUUGGCGGAGAUUUAUAUCAGAAUAAUUGUGAAGUUGCACGGCGUUCUAUCGAGCAUAGUGUCGGACAUAGAUCCGAGGUUUACUUCAGAAUUUUGGAAGAGCUUGCAAGAAGCUCUGGGUUCUAAGUUAAAAUUGAGUUCAGCUUACCAUCCGCAGACGGACGGUCAGUCGGAGAGGACUAUUCAAUCGCUAGAAGACUUGUUGAGAACUUGUGAAUUGGAGAAAGGUGGUGCGUGGGAUACUCAUUUGCCAUUGAUUGAGUUCACGUAUAAUAAUAGCUACCAUUCUAGCAUUGGAAUGAUUUUGCAGAGAGUGGGUACAGUAGCAUACAGUGUGGCAUUGCCGCCUGAGCUUUCGAACUUGCAUGAUGUGUUUCAUGUGUCACAACUUCGAAAAUAUGUGUCUGAUCCAUCUCACGUCAUUCAGAGGGAUGAAGUCCAGAUUCAUGAUAAUCUCACUGUAGAAGCGAUGCCGAUUAGGAUCGAAGAUCGGAAGAUGAAACAACUUUGA